GCUGUGUCCGUUAAAAAUACAACCGUUGCUGCAUGUUUUGUUGACAUCUAAUUAGCAAACACAACGCUGAAGUUUUCUUCUUUGGUGGAUUCGGGGUUUUAAAUGGCUACAAAUUACCGGAAAACUGCUGCCUCAGCGAGCCAAAAGAAAAAGCCAGGCUCCAAAUCUGAUCUGACGGAGGAACAGAAGCAGGAGAUCAAGGAAGCUUUUGAUCUGUUUGACACAGAUGGAACUGGGACAAUUGACAUCAAAGAACUCAAGGUUGCCAUGAGAGCCCUAGGCUUUGAACCAAAAAAGGAGGAAAUCAAGAAGAUGGUUUCAGAUAUUGUCAAGGAUGGUUCUGGAACCAUUGAUUUUGAUGACUUUCUUUGUAUGAUGACCCAGAAAAUGAAUGAGAAGGAUAGCAAAGAGGAAAUAAUGAAGGCUUUCCGACUGUUCGAUGAUGACUGCACAGGAAAAAUCUCUUUCAAAAAUCUCAAGAGAGUUGCGAAAGAGCUGGGAGAAAACCUCACAGAUGAAGAGCUGCAGGAAAUGAUAGACGAAGCCGACCAGGAUGGUGACGGAGAAGUCAACGAGCAAGAAUUUCUACGGAUAAUGAAGAAGACCAAUCUGUACUGAAGUGUGUUGCAGUUUUAAAACCUUUUCAGGAUUAAAUUCUGACCUUGUUCCAACUAUUUUUCCUGUAGCUUUUCUGGAACUAAGACAGGCUCUCUUUGUAAAUAACUUUUUAAAAAUCCUUUGUCUUUGUACAGGUCCUUUUUUUCUAUAAGACAAAUAAAAACAAUCACAGUUUU